GUUGUGGUUCUCUUUACGUUGUCUUCCGGUGCCUCUUUCUGUCAACAUGGCCCGUCCACUACCAUUUAAAAUUGCAGUUGUUUCUACUGUGUUGUUUGUCGUGUGCACGGAUUUUGUAUUUUGUAAUAGUGGCAGAAGGGUUGGUGAUGUCAUGGACACUGAAUUCAGUGGUUUCUCUGUACCACUUGAACACUCAUUUGAAGUUGCUGAUGUAGCAAAGUUUCGAGUGCGUGGAGCACUGAUGUUGAAAGCUGGAAGGGAGCCCAGCGUCUCACUAACUCAAAGCCAGCUAUCAGAGGAAGACAGAGCCAAACUAAAGGAAGUGGCUGCAGUGGACGGACUGUACAGAAUCAGAGUGCCGCGUGUUUUCCUGCAGGCAGACAGACAGACAGAGCGGCAGAUGGAAGGUUACCUCACAGCAUUUGUCAGAGCCUGUGCCAUGGUUGAGUCCCAUCUGAGCGAUGUCAUCUCCCUCCACAUUGACGUCUCUGGUUACGUCAUCGGUGUUUCCAUAGUGACGUUACCCGGGGCCUGCAGGGGCACUGAGGUUGAGGAUGAAGUAGAUCUCGAGGUUUUCAACACCACACUCAGCGUCAUGGCUCCUGUCAAUGCACCAGGACCUGAGACGGCUCUGUUCGUUGAACGAAUGGAACAAGAAUCUGAGAAGAAAGGGAAAAAUCCACAAGAGCAGAAAUCUUUCUUUGCUAAAUAUUGGUAUUUGAUUCUGGGAGGUGCAAUCUUCCUCAUGGUCACCAACUCAGCACAGCCCCCAGCAGGGGGAGGCAGAGAGCAGAGCUGAUUCCCACUGAAUGGAUGUACAUCGUGCCUCUCGUUCUCUUCCUCAUGAUGUCUGGUGCUCAGGACCAAUCGGGUGGAGGAGCCGCAGGCGGAGCAGCCAAUGGAGGUGGCCGAUGAUCAACAAUCAAAUAACACAUUUUGUUGUUGGUGAAUAUUUCCUGAACAGUAGUUCUCUUGAGCAGAUUUUAAUUGCUGUACAUAACGUUAUUUAAGUAGGAUAAAUGUCUGUCACACACACACACAACUUAAACUUGUACAGCACAGAGGAGAUAUUGUGCCCUGCUGAUGACUACAUUUUUAAUACUAAUUAAUUAUAAUUGAAUACUAAUUUUCUCUACGUCACUCAGACUGAGAGUUUUAGACUCAUAGUUUUACUCUGAGGGCCAGGUUUAGUUUUAAUAGCAGUAAAGUCAUAUACAACUAAAUUAAAUAUGCAUACAAUAGGCAGGAGUAUGAUCACAAAAAGUCAGAUUAAUGAUGGAAAAACAUUUGAGACUACAUGUUGUAAAAUAGUCAUUGUUUUCGAUAAUGAUGCUCCGAUGAAUAAACAAAAUAAUAAAGUCACAUGAAAGUGUCGUCAAUGUG